UGACCUCCACACCGCCAUACUGUGUAAUGUCAGCGCGCAGGGGGGACACGCUAUACUGUGUGGAGCGGGGAGAAGGACACGGAAAUGUUACAGACUGAGUAAAUAAACCUCCACAGCGCUGCUCUGAAUAACACUAGACUGACAGCGUGCGACUCAUUCUGGCGCUGUAUUGUGACUAAGCGGCGAGGCGGUGUAAAGAAGCAGACAUGAUGAAACAGAGUAAAAACCUGAAGUACCUCCUGGGUCUGAUGCCAGGGAAGCAACGUUUCGGAGUCUACAGGUUCCUGCCCGUCUUCUUCUGUAUUGGAGGGGUUAUGGAGUGGAUCAUGAUAAACGUGCGGAUGGGAAGAGAGACGUUUUAUGAUGUCUACAGAAGAAAACGCUCUGAAAGGGAGUACCAGCAGAAGAUCGAGGAUGGAUUGAUUGUUCUUCCCAGUUCAGAAGCAAAAUGAACAUUAGGAUUAUCUUCACAAAAUCCUGGAAUUAUAUGAACUCGAACACAAUGAAACAAAUGUGGAAGAUGAAACAAGAUUAGACUUUUCAGUCAAGGUGGAUUAAAAGCUUUCCUGCUUUCGUCUUUCGUUCAGGAACCAGAGAAGAACAUUUUGGUCCGUAAACAAAGGUGAUGAAGUGACGUGAAGAGACGUUUGUUCAAAAGUAUUUAUUAGUGAAAGAUUUGAAUAUCGCUGCAUUACAGAAUGUUUGGAAAUAAACUAUUUUCCAAAUUCACUGAUUUAAUGUAACACUUUCCUUACUGGUGUUAAAUAUGCUGCAGCUUUUCUCACAGUCGUCUUCAUCUGUGCCAUGUUAAAUAAUAAUAAAAAUGUAUAAAAUGGA